AUGCAUGUCACAUUUGCUCUAAGACCUUUGCCAGCAACAGGAACCUUAAGGUGCACCUCCGGACACACACAGGUGAGCGUCCCUUUGCAUGUGACAACUGCGGCCGCACUUUUGCCCACCGCAGCAACAUGCAGACUCACCGGGAUGCCUGCACGGGCCAGUACAGCCACCACUGCCAGAUAUGUGGCCGAGGGUUUGCCCUGGAGUCUGUUUACCGGCGCCACCUGGCAGAACAUGAGGGUCACUAUGCCCACCGCUGCUCCAUAUGUAAAAAGGGCUUCAGUAAGGCUUCUGGGCUUCAGUCCCACCUGGUGAUCCACAACAGCCAGCGGCCGACCUUCCCCUGUCAGGUCUGUGGCCACACACUCUCCACAGCCUCAGGCUUGAGCGCUCAUAUGGCCAGCCAUGCAGGGAAGAGUGGCAAGGCAUGUCGGGUGUGUGGGAAGGUCCUGGCACGUGCAUCAGACCUUCGGGAUCACCUGGACCGACAUGCGGGAAAUAGGACCCACCAGUGCCAGGUCUGCAGCGAGGCAUUCUUCUACCGAUCAAACUUGAGUCACCACAUGCGGACGGCCCACCACAUGCGGCGGCCUCACGUCUGCUCCCUCUGCAACCGCUCCUUCUCCUCAGCUUACAACCAUAAGCUGCACCUUCGCACACACAGCGGGGAGCGGCCACACCAGUGCAAAUCGUGUGGGAAGUCCUUCACCACUAAGGCAAACUACAACCGACAUCUCAAGUGCCACGUGACACAGGCCAUGACGCCACUCAGUACCACAGCUGAGUGAGAGCUGAAAUGGCAUGGUUUGUGUGGUUGUUUGAAGGUUUAAGAGCCAAGGAUAACAGCUUUCUUCUUUUUUUUUAUAUCCGGUUUCCCUGUUCUAUCAGGGAUAUACUAUUUUUACUGUCGGAAGAACACUCAGGCAUUGGCAGAGUCUCUAGCUAUUCUACCAUAUCACACGAUUUUUCUUUAAUGUAUCAGUUCUUUUUGCUUUUGCAAUUUCCCUACUCGGCCAGUGUCAAAGUGCUCAUUCAGCAGUAAAAAAGUAUAGGAUGGCACUUCCUAGCAAAGAGCUCUAAUUUUUGCCAUUUGGGAAUGGUUACCUACAGUAGAUGCCCAUCCUACCCUCAGACCAUGGCCAGGAUUCAAAGCUGUCCACCUGAGGACCCCUUAAUCCCUAAUCGUGUGGUACCACUGCACCACGGUGGCCCCUGUAAUGGCACUUAUAAGAAGUAUGAGUUCCUGUGUUUGGGGGAAAGGGCAGCUAGAGAGGAAAAUCUUCCUCCAAAUACAAGGGGAGACUUAUAAGCCGUCCAGCCCCAUUAAGGGAAAAUGAGGACAUUGAAUAAAGUAACGGUGAUUGGGGUGGAAAUGUAUGCAGUGGUGAUGAUACGAUGCAGUCUGUGAUAAUGAGUGGUGUCUGCUGCCGAUGUCUCUGGCCUGUAUUCUUAAAUGUUUUGCUCUUUCAUCAGGAUUAUUUUCAAAGACCACAGGGAUGAUUAGUCAGGCUGUCUUAGGUGCUUUUUCCAACUGAUGAUGUAGAAUCCUUGUUAAAUUAUAACUAGAUGUGUGGAAAUGCCCUUGAAAAUGCCUAUAACUUCCUCUGGGGCCUGUUGAAAGUAGUCAAGAUAAGCCACCAAAGUGUUUGAAAAUACAGAUCUCUGUCAUAAAUAAGAUCAGAACCUCUGUUGGAAGAUGUGGCAGUAAGACUCAAACUAGUCAAAUGUUUUUAUGUGUAUAGAUAUAAAUCAACCUUAGAAUAUUUUUUAAAGUACAUAAUUGUAUUUUUAUUGACUAUUUUUUAUGAAUAUAUACAUAUACUUGUUUC